AUGGUCCACAAGACUCGAGUCUACAACUGGUACAUCUGCCUGGUGGCAGCCGGGUGCAUGGUGUUGAUGGGCUACGAUGCCUCCGUCUUCAACUCGGUGCAGAACUCGGAUAACUGGCACGCAUACUUCGAGAAUCCCAACAGCUACAUGCUCGGUCUGAUGAAUACGGUCUACACAGUCGGUGGGAUCAUCACGGGAUGGUUCUUUGCUGGCCCUUUGGCUGACUAUCUCGGUCGUCGCUGGGCAAUGGGCAUCGGCUGCUUUAUCACCAUCAUCGCCACCUUCAUCCAAUGCUUCCCGCCUCCCAGCAACCCGGUGCCUGCGUUCAUGGCUGGUCGAGUGCUCAUCGGCAUGGGCCAGGCUCUUGCUAUCGCUGCCGGUCCAAUCUACAUCGGCGAGGUGACCCCCUCAUACAUCCGCGGUCUCGUCAUGGCCUUCUGGCAGAUGUUCUACUCCGUCGGCUCCUUCGUCGCCUACUGGGUGAACUACGCAGCCGGCAAACACAGAGACGAACUCGGCGAGUGGGACUGGAAGAUGGUCGUGAUCUUCCAGCUCCUCCUGCCCAUCGUCAUCAUCAGCCAGCUCCCCUUCAUGCCCGAGUCCCCCCGCUGGCUCAUCCAGCGCAGAGACGACGUCGACGGCGCCCGCAAAGUCCUCGCCCAAGUCCGCGACACCGAGCACGAAAUCGAGUCCGAGCUCCUGACCAUCCGCGAAGCAAUCCAGUUCGAAAAGGAAGCCCUCGACCACGGCAAACGCGCAUACAUGACGCUCGUCAAAGACGCCUCCAUCCGCAAGCGCCUCCUCCUAACAUUCGUGCUGAACAUCGGCCAGCAACUCACCGGCCAGGGCACAUUCAACUCGUACUCGUCCACAAUCUACCAGAAGAUUUGGCCGGACGGCGACACAAUCAACCUGAUCAACGCGCUGAACGCAACCUUCGGGAUCCUCUUCACCCUCAACGCAACCUGGACAGUCGACCGCUUCGGCCGCAAGUUCCUGCUCAUCGUCGGCGCGAUCGGGAUGGCCGUGUGCAUGCUCAUCACGGCCCUAGUCGGCCUGCAGACGCCGUCCACAGCCGAGGGGGCCAAGACCCAGCCCGUCGGCAUCGCCAUCGUCUUCCUCAUGUUUCUCUUCGCCUUCUUCUACAAGCCGUCCUGGGGCGCGACGGUGUGGAUCUACACGGCCGAGGUGUUUCCAAUGAAUGUGCGCGCGCAGGCGGUGGGCAUGUGCUCGCAGAUGCAGGGGGUUGCGAACACGAUCUUCCAGCAGUUCUUCCCGACGUUCUACGAGAAUGAAGGGCUGAAGUCGUUCUUCUUCUUCAUGACCUGUAAUGUCUUCCUCGCGGCGUUUGUGUGGUUCCUUAUCCCGGAGACGAAGAAGGUGGCUCUUGAGGAGAUGGAUACGUUGUUUGGUGGGCAGAGUCAUGUUUCGCACGGGGCGAUCCUUAUGCAGCAGGCCAAGCAGGGGCAGUUUGAGGUUGAUGGUGAGGAGAGGGGGGUGGGUGGGGACGGGGAUAAGGGAGUAGAGGUUGCGGCGGCGGAGCAGAAUGCUGGUGCUAAGCAGUAG